AUGCUGUGGAACAAGCUGCCGUGGACACUGCCUGUGCAUCCUUUGUUUGUGCGAUCUGCAUCUAGUGCCGCUACCAGAGCUGUUCCGUCGCCUCGUGAAUCAGGUAAGAUCGACUCGCCCAAGGCCUUUCUGCAGGCUAUCUCCAAGCCGCGUCGUGAUUUGGCUUCCAAUUCGACGUGUGUAUCGGCCGUGGGUGAGGACUGGGACAUGAUGUUCCGCCUCACAUCGGAGAAGCUGAAGGGAGAGGGUAUGGCUGUGAAAGAUCGCAAGUACCUGCUUUGGUCGCUCGAAAAGUUCCGUCAAGGCGAGGAUCCCCGCGACUUUGCCUAUGAUAUCAAGAAGCCCAAAAAGGUCCGUGGCUGGGGCCCGCGUGUACAAAAAGGAUACCGCGUGCGUGGCAUGCUCCGUCCUGGCGAAAAGAAGCCAUGA